UUUUUUUUUGUAGUCAUGGAUUCAACUCCCUUUCAACCUAACGUACAACCUCCUUGGCACCCUAUGGUAGCCCCUAAUCAACCAAGCACAAGUGCCUUUUGGGAAACCAGAACCGUACUUAAUAGCCUCAAAGAUUUACAUGACACUCUCAGUCUUGCGAAAUCAAUGAGUAAAGAACUUGAAAUGUUGAUGGUAAUCAAAGAUGGUAAAGGGUCUCUAGAAGUAGAUAAUGAUGAUUCAAAUAGUGGGAUUUUUAAAAUUUUGAAAGAUAGAAGGAUUGGUAUAGAAUCCCAAGUGUCACUUUCAGUGGAAACGACAAAUUCUCUGAUGUUUAGAUUAAGAGCUCAAAUUGAACCCUUUAGGGUGAUAAAUGAUGAAAUGUCUCCAUGGGAGGAAAAAUGUGCAGCUAUCAGGUUAUCUAAUAAAAUGAAGAAGUCGAAACGAAAUAAGUGUUGGAGGAAGAAAAAGAGGAAGCUCAUUGCAGAAAUGAUUGCAAAGGAGCAUGAAAGGUUUGACCAAGCUGAUCAAGAAGCUGAUGAGUGGAGGGCUAGGGAAAUUUCCAAUGAUAUUGCAAAACGCAAGGUGGAGAAGAUGAAAGAGAUUGCAAAGCUGAAAGCGAAAGAGGAGAGAAAGAGGCUAGAAUCUGAGCUUGAGCUGGUAUUGAUUGUGGAGAAACUGCAAGAGUUAUGUUCAAUUAGGAUUCAAAAAUUGAAAAAACAAGAUCAUUUUCUUCCUGAGGAGGAUGACAAGUUUCUUGAGAGGGUGCAAGCUGCAGUGGAGGAAGAGGAGCGUCAGGCAAUUGCAGCAGCUGAUACAGAGGCUGCAAAGGGUGCCAUUGCAACUGCUGAAGAAUCUAGGAAAGCGACCUAUAAUCUUGGGCCUGAAUCAAAAGAGAUAAGCCCCAGGGAAGACAACAAUCAGGACGCUCUGGUGAAAAAUCAUGAGAACUCUAAUGUGAACAUGGAGAAAGAAUCUGGGAAGCAAGCAUUAGAGACACAAGUCUAUGGUUCUGUUGCAAACCUCCCAAUUGAAUUCUAUCACUAUUAUCAUGGGAGCAAUACUGAUAUAGGCACCCUUAUUGAGGUGAGAAGAACAUGGGAUGCCUACAUAAAACCAGGAGGAAGCCGCAUACCAUGGCACUGGGUUCAACCGCCACCUCCUGCGAAUGAGAUUUGGGCUUCGUAGCUGAUGAGGUCAAAAUGAUACUCAACCGACUCAUAUAAAGGAUAUGGGAUUGUUUGACAGUUUUGUUUGUUGUAUCAAAUCAAUUCCCUUGUGUUUGUUCUAGAUGUAUGGAACACCAAGAUAAUGUUUUUUUUUUACUUGUGAUGAUCGAUCGAGUCUAACUUUAAAUUUGCGCAUAAGUUACUUCACCUUACAACAUCAAAGUCCAUGGUCAUAUGAAAAAUGUUGAAUUAUAAAGAUUUGUUGGAGUCUUAUUCUCUA